UUACUCUUGGAUGAUGACUCUCCAUUCCUUGAGCUCUGUCCUCUGGCUGGAUAUGGUCAAGACGACAUGACCGUUGGAGGUUCUCAAGUCGCCGGUAUUGGUCUUGUUUGCGGCGUUGAGUGUAUGGUGUCCGCUAAUAUUCCAACUCUCCAAGGAGGCGCUUCCAAUGCCACGACGUUGGCUCGUGGCGAGCGUCUUGGCCGUAUUGCCUGGGAAAACCGUCUUCCACAUAUCCAAUUGGUCCAAUCAGCUGGUGCAAACUUGGCCCAGCAGUCCCGCGUAUUUCACCCAGGCGGUGCUGUCUUCCGCCAUUUAGCAGAGAGAUCCAAGGCCGGCUUACCCUCAGUCGCUGUUGUGUUUGGAAACUCCACUGCUGGUGGCGCUUACAUCCCAGGGAUGAGUGACUAUAGCAUUAUGGUCAAGGGUAAAGCUCAAGUCUUUUUGGGUGGACCUCCACUGGUCAAGAUGGCCACAGGAGAGAUUACUGAUGCCGAGUCGCUCGGAGGGGCCGAUAUGCACAGCCGUAAGUCUGGAGUGUCAGAUCAACUGGCCAUGGAUGAGUAUCACGCAAUUGCCAUGGCCCGAGAAUUCGUGUCUGGGCUCAACUGGACUAAGCAGGGCCAGUUACCCAUCCGCCACUUGAAGGGGCUCUUUGAUCAGCCUUUGUACGACCCUGACGAGAUUUUGGGUAUUGUUAGUGCCAACAUCCGUAUUCCCUUUGAUGCACUCGAAGUUAUCAUUCGUUUGGUCGACGGCUCUCGUUUUACGCAGUUCAAGCCUUUGUAUGGACCGAACUUGAUCUGUGGUUGGGCUACGAUCCACGGUAUCCCUGUCGGUAUUCUUGCCAACAACAAUGUUAUUUUCCCACCAGAGGCCAACAAGGCAACACAGUUCAUCCAGCUGUGUAACAUGCGUGAUACACCGAUCCUGUAUCUUCAUAAUAUCACUGGUUUUAUGGUCGGGAAGAAGUAUGAGGAAGAGGGUAUCAUCAAGGCUGGAUCACGAUUCAUUAAUGCGGUAUCGAAUUCGCAAGUGCCUUGUAUUACGAUUGUGAUGGGAGCUAGUUAUGGUGCGGGCAACUAUGCCAUGGCUGGACGUGCAUAUAACCCACGGUUUUUGUUCUCGUGGCCAAACAGCAGAUGCUCUGUGAUGGGAGCAGAACAGUUGACGGGAGUGCUCGAUAUUGUGAUGCGCGACUCGGCCAAGAAGAAGGGGAAGGCGAUUGAUGAAGAGAUGGCCAAGGCCUCGAUGGCGAUGUUCCAGGAGAUGGUUGAAAACGAAUCGGAUGUAUACUGGACCAGCUCAAGAUGUAUUGAUGAUGGUGUCAUCGAUCCACGAGAGACACGCACCAUUCUAGGCUUCUGUUUAUCGGUGUGCUACAACACUGAGGUCAAGGGUGGCAACCUCUACGGAGUCUCGCGUAUGUAA